AUGAGGUUUCAAAGAUACUUAUAUGGUGCUGAGAUAAAUGGUUAUGUCGACCAUGAGAAGUUGGAAGGUCUGGAGACCCGAAUUAAAUUUCUGGCUGACAAUGUCGGACAGUUUUGUCUUGUCAUUUGGCGUAAGGAGGAUAGAGUUAAUAUCAAGAGUAAGCCUCCUCAUCUACUAUGCUUGGUUGUGCUAGUGGAGCUGGAAAUGAAGAAGAUUUUUCUAUGUGAACUUAAGGCCUCAAAGUUUACUCAAUCAAGGACUUUCAACGACAAGAAACUACCAAAAGGAUUUUCACAUCAUCUCCAUAGUCUGCUCGUAGAACUUAGAAAUAAAGAUCUUGACAACUUUCCUACUAAUGUCUCUACUCGAAAAUUUCAUGUGGCAAUAGAGUUCUUGUUGUUUUUUCUCGGUGAUGUGCCGAAUCAUGUUAUUGAUGGCAAGAGGUUGAAUGAACUCUUAGCAAAGAUUGGAGUUCUUGUGGGCGACAUACUUUAUGUAAUUCAAAUGCAUCUACUUGCAGAUGAGGCUAGCAAGAUUGAACUUAGCACGAUAAAGAUAAUGGAGAAAAUUGAAGAUCUAAAGGCACAAGUGGAGGAGAGGUACUAUCAAUCCUUUGUAUACAGUCCAUCUCAGUUUCCCACAGCUGGUGGCUUGAGCUUUGUGGAUUCUCUUUUAAGGAAAUUGAAUGAGAUGUCGAAAUCUGAAACACGUUUAGAUUUCAUGAUGAAGCCUCAUAUAGUUAUAUCAGAGAGAGAGCUCUCAUCUCUAAUAUCUAUUUUCGGAGAUGUCGCAAAGGUGCAGUAUGACCAUGACAUUCUUAAAGAUCUUCUGGAGCGUACUAUCAAUUUGGCAUAUGAAGCUGAAGUUGCUAUUGACUUUAUUUUUGUUCAAUAUAAUGCUCUUUGGUAUUCUUUUUGCUCACUUCCUGCAAUCAUAAACGAGAUCAAGCAUAUUCGUGCUGAGGUGACCAAGAUGCGGUCGGAGAACCUUGCUCGUAAACCCUACUUUGUGGUUGAGCCAUCUAAACAUCUCCCAACUCAACAAAGCAAUCUUAUGAGUGAUGAGGAGAUAGUUGGUUUUGAGGAUGACACAGAAAUAAUAAUUCAGUACCUAAUUCGAGGAACAGAUGACCUAGAUGUCAUCCCAAUUGUUGGGAUGGGGGGACAAGGUAAAACAACUUGUUCUAAAAAGUUGUACAACGAUGACAUCAUUGUUUCUCACUUUGACGUUUGA